GCCAGCAACAUCACUAGGUGGCACGUUAUCCUCCAUCGCGACGACGACGCAGUCCGCGUUCAGUUGAAGAUCGUGCGAGUGGCCGAUCGGUGCGUGUUCGUGCUCCGUGGUACACCCCUUUGAGGCCCAGGAAAAAAUCUAGUGAAAGAUGAAGUUGUUACCGGUAGUGCACCGGAUUCUUGUGCUCGUUGUGUGCGGUAUCGGUGUGAUCGCUGGCCAAGAGAUGACCAUUACCGAAGAGCUGGAAACCUGCAGUUUGCUCGAUCAGGGAAAGCUUGAUGUGCUGUUCGAUGGUGCCGGGGAUGAGUUUCAGGGGAAGGUGACGGUACUGUAUAAUGUGGCACCACCGAAACCGGAGCAAACGCAGCGCAUCUUCGCCAAUCGUGAUCCAAUUCACUACCACAAAAUCGAUUACCGCGAGCAGAUCGAUCUAUACUACAACCUCUUCCAGCGAUUCCACAGCCAGCAGCUUUACCGAAAUGAUGUUCGGUUUCUGCUGGCCGCCUCACUGCAUCGCGUACCGUAUGAGCUGGAGCAGUACAAUUUUACCGAGUUCUAUGGCACUGUUCGCGGGCUGGCGGGUGAGCGCAACCUGACCGUCUACCCGAAUCCCCUCACCGAGAACGGCACGUUUGCGCUGCUCGGACUGCGCGAAUUCCAGGUGUACGUGAUCGAUCGGUGCUCGCGGGUGUCGUACAUCAUUGAGCCACCCUGGAGCUUAAUUCAGUUCUCGUAUGUAAAGGCGGCCGUCUUGUCUACGUUCUACGAUCGCCCCUGCGGCAAAUGUGAGUUUGAAAACUACCUAAACUCGACCAUUUCCGACGAAGACAGGGAUUCGAAUCCGGGAGCGAAGGAUGCCAGUGUAACUACCGGGUGCAACGGACACGGCUCGUGCACGGAAGUGUCCGAGGAAUCGACUGAAAAUGCAGAGGAAGAUGAAGGUGGCAUGCAUGACAGUGAGGAGGAGGAUGAGGAUAGUUACUCGAACACCAAGGACGACGGUGAUCCGUUUGCCAAUCUAACAGUGACUGGACCGGAGCUGGUACUACCGCUACGUGUGAUACUUCCGGUGAUGCACAUUCACGUGGAAACGGGAUCGGAAGAAAGUGAGGAAGCGAAUGAGAACAAAACCGAGGAAUCUACGAAAUACCGGCUGUAUAACUAUGUGGUGUUCCGGUGGAACGACAGUAGCAACCAUCGAGAUCAUCCUAACGAUCAGGCCGAGGAUGUUGAGCUGGAGGAGGUGUCACUGGUAAAGAGUGCAAUUCCUGAUGCGGUCUCCGAAUCAAACGACACUGAAUCGAAUCACAUCCGUGUAGGAGGCACGGAAUGGCCAGUGGAGCAGUUACGUGAAAUUCUCAACACAAGCACCAUUCUGUACCAGCCGCAGCAGCAGCGUGUCUUCGAGCGUCUUCGUCGCUACAACCUGACCGCCCAGCAGCAGUACGACGAGGUGGCGGAAGUGUCGGUUGCAAAUCGCUACGCCGCCUGGCUUCGUCGUAGGACACCAGCUAAGCCGGAGCAGCAGCGAAAUAAUCGGCGAUCGCAGCUUAAGCGGCACUACGCCCGGCUACUACCGUGGCUUAACUGGACGUUUGGUAAAGCUCUACCGCCCGGGUCGGGAGCGAAUGUUAAGGUGCGCAAUUAAUUGGAGCGCGUAGAAAAUGAUCCUUGUAGUUAGUUUUAAUGUUUCGGAAAUAGAUUAUAACGUAUGCAAUAAAUGCUUACACUACGUAAACUACGCGUGGUCAUAAGACAUGACUACCACUUAUAAGUGGUAUCGGCCAUCCUGUCGUCCUAACGGUACAGUGCCGUUAACGCUGGCGCUGCAUCCCUGUCUUUGUUCUCAUGUGAUGCAAUCCAAACUUAACUGAACCAAUCCA